GAAAAAAGUAAAAGACAUGCUUCAGGUUUGCAUAUCUGCAGCUGAGCUCUUGGUGUCUGAGUGUCUUCUUUGACAGCAUGAACACUACUUUGGAAGAGAUAUGCAAGGCAGUCCUUGUGUCUGCAGGAGCUGGUGGAGUUGUGAUUCUGACUCCUGCCAUUGUCGCUGGAAUGGGGUUCACUUCAGCUGGAAUAGUAGCAGGCUCCAUCGCUGCCAAACUGAUGUCACUUUUUGCAGUCUUUGGUGGAGGUGGAGUUGUAGCAGGAGGUCUCAUAGCAACCUUGCAGUCCUGGGGUGCAGCAGGUCUGUCAUGGGCUGCCACUUUAUUGUUUGGCAGUGUUGGUGGAGCAGCUGCUUGGUUGAUCUCAACUGUGUGUAAUGUGACUGUGAAAUAUGAAGAGUAACACAUUGAAUAAACACAAACUGACCUACAAAUGAUUCCUCCUGUGACAAAUUAGUCUGACUCAAUAGCCUGAAUUAAGCUUUAUGUUUUAUGUACAAAGGACAGAUAGUCAGAUUAAAGCAUGAUUUGAGAACUGAGUUACAAAAAUGAUUGCUGAUGAUUUUUACCCACCAUUUUCAAAUAAAAUAUAAUUGAAGAGGAUGAAGAUGCUUUAUCUGAUCCAAAGACUGAUAUGAUGCUUUUGUUCUCUUCACAUAUUUAAUGUAAAAAUGAAAACACAUGCAAAUUAAAAGUAUAGUUGUUUUUAUUGUAAACAUAAUGCAUCUAACUGGGCCAUAUUCUUUUUGGCCCAAAGAUUUUAUCAUACAUGAAAUACAUUAGUGACACAGAUUAAAUGCCAGUAAUUCAUUUACAAUAGUUUAAAUACUGGAAAUCAUUUUUGGCAGAUCAUUAAUGUGUGUAUCAUGUUUGAGAUCAUAUGACAAGCAUAAUAUGUCAGCCUUCUGACCGAAUUAUGUAAAGGAUGGGCCCAUGUCGCUUUUUCGGGCUAUAACCGGCCGGGCCCCAUAGCCUAAGCCCCGGCCACCAGAUGCUUGCCCGGGAACCCUCCCUGGGCCUCCGGAGUGGGGUGAACUGUUCCCUUGACUGUAAACUGAUAAGGGUGUUUUGAAUCGCCCUUUGUCUGGUCCCUCACCCAGGACCAAUUUGCCAUGGGAGUCUUUACCAGGGGGACAACAUAGCCCCUAGGAUCCAUGGGGAAAACAAACCCCUCCACCUCAAUAAGGUAGCGAUUCAUAGAGGGUGAGUUAACUUGUUUCUGAGUAAGAACAUUGUGAAGUUAAGCCGUCAACGAUGAUGUGUUAAUGGCUAUCCCAGCUGUUGCUCAGCCAUGUGGUUGUACAUGGGCAAUUGUGAAGAGUGAACUUUCUAUUAUAUUUUGUUUGCUUCUUGAAAAGCUGUAGAGUGUGUGUUUGUGCAUCAACCCUAGCUGUUUACUGUGAAGUGAAUACACUAAAGAAAAGAGGUUAUGUUUUUUUGUAGUUGUGCUACGAUGCCGCACUGUAACUUUAGGAGAGCCAAUUUGUUGUUUACUUUGGUAAGAAAUGAUCAUUAUCAGUAUUUUGGGGAUAUUUUGUGAUUCUUUGUGUUCACUGGAAAGGGAAAGGGAAAAUGCAAAUUUGCAAAUCUCAAUUUGCUUUUUGAGAUCAUCUCUACAUCAUAUAAGCUCACAAUUCUAUCAUUACAGAAAACUUAACAUCUUAACAUUUCCAGCUGAGCUGUGGUAAGAUGUUUUGUUUUCUUUCUUGUGUUUCAGUGACAGCUGUAGCAAUCAGUCGGGGCAGGUAACAAACUUGUUUGCUUAUUUAUUUUUAUCACUGAACCUCACUCACGGGAGAAGUCAUAAAUAUCAUACAUUUAUGUAUUUUGAAGCAUCCUGAUGAUCAGUAAUGUUGUAAUCUUCACUCUAUACCUCCAGUCCUUUUGUCACCCAGCUGAAAAGAAACACUGAAGUCACAAACAUCUGUAAUGCUUUUAUUUAAAAAGAACCUCUGCGCAGAUGGAGAUCAUGCAACCGACGAGCAGUCCCGCAGAUCCUUACAUUUAUACUUGGUGGCCGCACCCCGAUUGGUCAUUUCAUGGUUAUCAAAACCAAACCAAAUUUGGCCCAAGGUGGGAUUGUGAAAUGAGGCGAACAGAGGAUCGGUCUUAUAGAAUUUAAAGGUAAGCACCACCUGUUAAAGCAAAAGUGUGCAGAUUGGAUGAAUUCUAAAUUAUCUGCUCGCUGAUUUAAUGAUCUUCACCGUUAAAUUGGCUCAGAAGUGGUGAAAUAUUAGAGUAAGAGACAUAAAAGGUAACCACAGUCUGUUGAUUGUAAAAAAAAAAAAAGAAAAGAAAGAAAGAAAAACAGAAAGAACUUAAUUAAAUUAUAAAGUAUGGUCAGUAGAUUUGUGGUCAAUGUUCGGGGUAAUGUGUAAUUGGGGUGAAUUUUAAAGUUGAUGUGUUGUGUGUAAUGUUAACUGUGUUGUGAUUAAAACUUUGCCGGAGUUUU